UGAUGCGUGAGUGCGAGGAUAAGGGAAUAUGUUUGCUAAACGACUGUCAAAGGCUGCGGCAGUUAUACAAUACAGUGACUGAAUUUGAUGUGAGAAAGUGAAAAUCAUGGAAAGUAUAUCCCAACUUCAGCCUCCAAUGGGGGUCAACUUUCUGAAUAUUGCUCCUACCUAUAUCCCAAACACUAAAGUGGAGUGUCAUUAUACCACCCCUUUUGGCAUGAAGAGGUCAACCAGAGAUUGGAUAGGAAUCUUUAAAGUGGACACUUCAUCUAUACGGGAUUAUGAAACAUUUGUCUGGGCUGUGCCCCCUGAAAGUUCCGGAGAAAGAUCUGUAUCUCAUUGCAGUGUCCAAUUCCAAGCCUAUUAUCUGCCACGUCCUGGAGAACAGCAAUACCACUUUCGUUAUGUGGAUCAGUAUGGCAGUGUGAGAGGAUGCAGUGACGCUUUUGUGUUCGGAGAACCACGGCCUAUGGAAGAACUGGUUACAUUGGAAGAUGAAGAUUCCUGUAUGGAUAUGCUCUUAGUUGUCCCAAAGGCCACUUUCCUUCAGAAUCAGCUGGAGAUGGCCCAACAAGAGAGAAAUGAUCUUAUGAGGGCGAGGCUUGCUUUAGAGGAGGAAGUGAUCUUAAAAGAGAAAAGAAUUAAUCAUCUUGAAGCUACAUUGGAGACUUCAGAAAAGUCAUGUUUCUCUUUGAAAGAGCAGUGUCAGGAUCUUGUUAUGAGAGAGCAACUUGCAAUAGAGGAACAGAGCCUUCUCAGCUGUCAGGAGGCAGAGUUACGUGAACGGAUUUUGCAACUUCAGGGUGAAAUUAAAAUUAUGAAUAAGAAGAUGCAGGAGAAGGACAGGGAGCUUGAAGGUACAGUUGCAAUAAAGUUAUCUUUGGAAAACAAAAAAGUGGUGUUAAAGCAGCACCUUGCAGAGACAACAGUGGAAAUUAAACGCUACCAGCUACAAGUGGAUUCACUGCGAGAAAAGCUACGUAGCACUCAGGAUAUGCUUUCUGCAAGCCAACAGAAAGCUCUGCUGAUGGGGGAGGAGCUGGCAGCAAUAUCUUCCAUUCGAGACCGUACUAUAUCUGAUCUUCACAAAAGCCGCCUUGAAACAGCUGACCUUGCCAUUAAGGUGUCUGAUUUGAGUGUGAAGUAUAAGGAAGGAAUGGGACAGUGGUGGCAGGAGAAGACUGCCUUAAAUCACAGCAUGGAGGCCAAGAGGGAUCAGAUUGUGAAUCUGAAAGCAGAAAAACUAAGCCUGGAGAACAGUCUGCAGGCUGAGAGAAGUCAGAGGCAAGCACUGCAGUGCAAGCUAAACCAGGAAACAGAUGCCAGACAGGUGCAGUUAUCAGAGAACAGACGACAGCUGAGUGAAUUGAAAUCUGCCCUAAAAGUUGCACAGAUGGAGAAGCAGCAACUGAGAGAGGAGAGGCAGGGAAUACUCCAGUAUGCGCGUAGUUUGGAAGAACGUCUAGACAAGCUUGCUGAUGAGUUAUGGAAGGAAGAUAAAAUGCUUAUGGAAGAAAUAACAGACUUAAAUCCUCCAACUUUACCAGUGGACCAUUCUGACUCAGAUGACGAAUCCCCUGGAGACGAGAGAGUAUCUCAGCAGCUUGAAGCAUGUUCCUUGGAUGAACAGGACCUCACCAUAAACCUGCCUGGAUUUCCAUGUGAGCUUUAUAAGGUGGUGAUAAAUCAACCUGCACCAAUUGCUUGUCAACUGCAGCCUCUCCCUGAGGACAACUCUGACUCGUGGUAAAAGAGAGGAUGGAAGCAAAUGGACAGAAGACUUGUUAUGCAAAUAGAGCUCCAUGGUGCCAGGAACCUGGGUUGAACAGUGCUUUAAGAACCCUCACUGCCUUCUCACAAUUACUGUAUAUGGCAAUGGACACUCGCCAGCCUCAGAAACUUCAGCAAUGCAAUGAGUAGUCUCUUGUAAGCUUUAAUCAUUACUUUUAUUAGUCCCAUUGUUUAGCAUUAUAUCAUACAGUCUGUAUAUAUUUUAUCUGUCCUCUGUAUGCAUCUUUAUGUCAUUCAUUAUAUAUAAUUUGUUGAUUCCCUGACUCACAUAAUAUCACAUUAAUAUAAUUGAUUUUUCACCAGG